AGGAAGACAAGUCAUAGUUCACUAUCUUUCCUUGUGAUUAUAUAGUCGGACUUGUCAUCUUUUUAAUAUAGCAGUAAGGAUCAACACAUUUUUGUUUCUUCAGGCAUUCUGUAAAUGUUUUUUUGGAUUACGAUUUUAAAGGAACAAUUUUUCCAUGUUAAUAACGAAUGAAAUAAUUGUGCAUGUUAUGGAUCUGUUUGUUAAAAUACAACUGAUGACGUCAUUUUUGUGUUCGACCUUGCAAAGUUUAAACCAAGCGUUGUUAAAACAGUUCAGUUUAAGUCUGGUGUGUCGUUGACUUGUGCCAGAUAAAUAUUUCUGGAUUAAAGUAAAAAAUAUUAUUUAACUUUUUCAAUAUUUUAAAAUAUUUUUUUAAUACCAUGCCUAUGGGGAUUCUGUCGAGCACAAAAGACAUUUUCUUGAUCAAACACAGAGAAGAGCUUCUGGAAAAUACGUCAACACACGUCACAAUCUUGCCAGAUUUAUUAACCAACGCCACCUGCCUCAGCGAUCACACCAACAUACACGAACAGAUCUGCCACUUUGUCAUGAUCCCUGUGCUGUUCUUUAUCUUCCUCACCAACAUCUCUAUCUUGGUCUACUCGGUUAAAACCGACCGGUUCCGGCAACCGGGCCACUGGUUCAUCGCAUCCCUCUACGUCUCGGACUUAUUCGUGGGCGUCACCUCCGUCGGCACCGCGGUUCUAGACUCGGACGAACCCAACCUGGAGAUCUGUCUAGUUCGACUGGGACUGUUCCUCAGCUCUAUCAGCGCGACCAACAUCUUCCUCCUGCUGAUCGCAUCAGAUCGAUUUCUGGCAAUCACAAGGGCGUUGACCUACCACAGAAUCGUCACCCAUCGUCUGGCAGCCGUCGCCAUCACGUCUGCUAGUCUAGUUUCCCUCCUCGUCGGAUUCGCUCCCUUGUUCGGAUGGAACACCCGCGAAUAUGGUUUUCAUUGCUCGUUUCCAUACGUCCUUGACAGUGGUUACAUUAUAUUUAUGCUCACCUGUUCCUUACUGCCUAUAGGUAUCAUUUUUGUGAUAUAUUUUUACCUGUAUUCGAAAGCGAGGCUACAUAUUAAACACAUCGAGGCGAUCAGUUCGCUUCACCACCAGCGUGUGGGGUCGGGACAGUGGAUGACGUCAAAGGAGUGGAAGUGUAUCCGUCAGUUGAUGAUCGUGGUUGGCUGCCUGCUGGUCACGUGGUCCCCGUUCAUGGUGGCCACGCUGCUGGACGCCUCCCCGCUGGACACGCCGUGCUGGCUGAAGGAGACCAUCGGGACACAUUUCCUGGUGCUGGGCAUGACCAACUGUGUCCUGAACCCCCUCAUCUACACGGCCGCUACACGGGACUUUAGGAGGAGCUUCGGACAUUUUGUUAAACAUGGGUGUGGCAGGGUCACAUGA